UCAAAGAAGCCAACAGAGGGAAGAUUGCAUUGCCAAUCUCUGCCGGAUACAGUCUCCUGCUUUGGCCCUCUGAUGGCAGUAGGCACUUUGCUGUGAAACUUGCCAAACUGGACGCCACAGUUUUGAACGAUUAUUCUUUGGCAGCUGUUGUGCCCUAUCCUGAGACAACUAAUCAUGCAGUCCUAGCCUGUAGCACAGGCAUUCAUGAAGAGCAUUAUGUAAGUGAAGGUGUGGAAAACAAUGUGUCAGACUGCAGGGAAUACAGAGAUGCUGGCACCAUUACUGAUGUGUGCAAUAGUACUGAUCUUCCCGAAGUUGAAAUCAUCAGUCUACUGGAAGAGCAGCUCCCUCAUUACAAGCUAAGAGCAGAUACAAUCUAUGGUUAUGACCACGACGAUUGGCUUCAUACUCCUCUUAUUUCUCCUGAUGCGAACAUUGACUUAACAACUGAGCAGAUAGAAGAGACAUUGAAAUACUUCCUUUUAUGUGCUGAACGAGUGGGCCAGAUGACUAAAACAUACAAUGACAUUGAUGCUGUUACACGUCUUCUUGAGGAAAAAGAACGGGAUUUAGAAUUAGCUGCUCGAAUUGGCCAGUCAUUGCUGAAGAAGAAUAAAAUACUUACAGAGAGAAAUGAACUUCUUGAAGAACAAGUAGAACAUAUCAGGGAAGAGGUUUCUCAACUGCGUCAUGAGCUAUCCAUGAAAGAUGAGCUUCUUCAGUUUUAUACCAGUGCUGCUGAAGAGAGCGAGCCAGAUUCCAUCUGUUCAACUCCAUUGAAGAGGAAUGAAUCAUCUUCAACUGUCCAGAAUUAUUUUCAUUUUGAUUCUCUUCAAAAGAAGCUGAAAGAUCUUGAAGAGGAGAAUGUUGUCCUUAGAUCAGAGGCCUGCCACCUGAAGACUGAAACCAUUACUUAUGAAGAGAAAGAACAGCAACUUGUAAAUGAUUGUGUAAAGGAGCUCAGAGAUGCAAAUCUUCAGAUUGCCACUAUUUCAGAAGAGUUAGCUAAGAAGACUGAAGAUGCUGCCCGACAACAGGAAGAAAUCACCCAUCUUCUCUCUCAGAUAGUGGAUUUGCAGAAAAAGGCAAAAGCUUGUACGGUGGAAAAUGAAGAACUUGUCCAACAUUUGGGAGCAGCUAAAGAUGCCCAAAGGCAACUCACAGCUGAAUUACGAGAGCUGGAAGAUAAAUAUGGAGAAUGUAUGGAAAUGCUUCAUGAGGCACAAGAAGAACUGAAGAAUCUUAGGAAUAAGACAAUGCCAAAUGCUAUAUCACGCCGUUACCAUUCAUUAGGCCUUUUUCCAAUGGAUUCCUUAGCUGCAGAAAUUGAAGGAUCAAUGCGAAAAGAGUUGCAUCUGGAUGAUACUGACUGUUCAGAUUCAAACCACCACAAGAGAGUGUUUGACACUGUACGAAACAUCAAUCAGAUAGUAAAGCAGAGGUCCCUAACUCCAUCUCCAAUGAAUAUCCCAGGAUCUAACCAGUCUUCCACAGUGAAUUCAGUCAUUUCUAGCUGUGUCAGCACACCACGAUCCAGUUUCUAUGGAGGAGACGUUUCCAAUAUUGAGCUA